ACUCUUUAUGCGUUAGCUGUACGUAAUUGCGUAGAAAACCGACGUAUACGUCACUGUGUUCAAGAUCUUUCAAUAAAUUAUUCCCAACGAUUACAACGAUAAAAUAAAAUGUAAUUUUAUUUAGUUUUAGAUCUGCAAAGGUACAUCGUGUAGCCAAUAUGAUCGCAUAAAAAUACGAAAAAAUACGAAGAGAUACGAGAGUCUAUGGAAUCUCUAAUACCGUCGUUAGCAAAAACGAAAUGAAAUCGUUCGAAAAUCUGUUCGACACGAUGAAUCGAUAAACAACGAUCUUAAACUCUGGUGUACGGAAUGGCGUGGAUAAAAUCGUAGAAAGUUUCCAAGGUAGAGGCAAUCCAUGGAAGAAUAUCGACACAAAACUAUGGUUCACAGUUGAGUCGCAAUUUUCAGGAUGUCGAAGAUAAAUGACGAAAGCGACGUGUAGUAGCAGCGAGUAGCAGCAGUAGCGACCUUGGUGUUAAGGGUGACUGAGAGCGACCAGUUUACGACGUAGCUACUAAUCCAACAGCAGGUUGGGCGACAGCCGAGCGAGAGAUUUCGCGGUGAUCGAACAAAAGCGCGUCGCGAGGGAAGAAAAGUAGGUAGACGACACGAGGCGUCUUCGACGAGACAAGGUUGCGCGGGGCAAGGUUCGGUAGGAACGCGGGGGUGGCUCGACGUUGGCUAGGAAGGGCGUGUAACGUCGGUGGGGGAGUGAAAACGAGACACGGAACGAGAUUCUAGGGGAGAGGAAAGGAAACGGGACGAACGAGGCGAAAAGAGGGAGGGUAAAACGCAGGGAGGAUGAAGAAACGGGUGGUCGCGGUUAGCGACACCCAUGCCGAACACGAAAGCAAAGCGAAAGAUGGCCGACGCGAAUCGUGCUAGGAGCGCACGCGUGACCGCGCUAAACUCCGCCUAUGCACGAUAUACCCCUUCGUCCCGGUUGUUCUCGGCUUACCUCGUGGCGAACAACCCCUCUGCUGUGAGCACGCGCCACUCUGCCAAUAUCCUGGAUCACCGACCAUCCCCUGUCCCGUCGUUUCCCUCUUCGUCCUUCGAUCCCUCCAUCCCCGCUGGAAGAGUUCAUCCGCGAAGCAUCGCUCGCCGCGCCGGCCAGUCAGCGCCAAAAAGUGCACAGUUUCGCCACAACAUCCCGUGUACCGUACGAUUCUACUACGUCGGUGACCGAAUCGUGACAAUCUGACGGUGGACAGUUUCUUCUUUCUUCGAAAAUUCCAAGUGGCUGUUGGUUCAGUGAUCGCAUCAGCGUGCCGCUACAAAUUCGAUCGCUCGGUCGUUCCUAUCUCGGUAACGUUUCACCAUUGCCGGACUCGUUCGGAAUCAGCUGCUCGCUCGACAGCAAAAUUAUUUAUUCACGCGUUCGGAGAAACGCGUCGCUACACCAUCUACUUUCCGUCUACGUCUGCAUCGCGAAGUGCGAGAUCUUCCGAUUCGAAGGAAUCGGAACGUUUGGCCGUCGCCAUGGUUCAGACAUAGAACUAAACCGAGUGCCAGUAAAAUCCAACCACCGUGUCCGUGAUCAUGUGCAUCAUGGACAUCGAAGAGAUCCGCGAUCUCUUCGACGAACGAGUUUAGUCAAAUCGACUGAAAUCGCCGCGGUUUGAUCGGUGGUGUCAAGAACGAAGAUGAGUGGUGGCUCGUAAAAGUGCAAAGAUCAAGUACUAUCGUAAGAACAACUGUAACAAUAGUACGGUGAUUCGUCGUUCGUAUAGUCGUGCCGCGCUAGUGAGUCUCGCGAUUAGUCUCGAAGCGAUUUGACGAAAGCGAAUGUGAAGGUACUCUGAGAGGAAAUUGGGUGUAGAGAGGACAUCGAUAAUUCUUCUUACACAGAUGCGAACCGCGAACACUGAUGUGAAGAGGAAGCGCGGCUACCGCUGCUGGUAUCGUUCUGUUUGAGGGCGUCGGUUUUCGACUGGUUUAGGUCUAAGCCUGGCAGCUUAGCCUUGACUAGCUUCAGGAUGAUGUACUCGCCGGACAAGAUGAUGGGGAGCAAGGGACUCCACGGGGCACCCAUCACGGCCCCGGGCUGUUUCCCUUCGGGAAGGUAUUCGCCGCCGCCUUAUCGUGCCGCACCGGAUCCCAUGCCGCCACCACCGCGACGCUGUAUGCCCAACCCUACCAGUCGUAUAUUGGAAGAUGCCUCCAUUAUGUGCAAUUCCUGGUCACCGAGGCAUAACGGUGACUUAUUCGGGGGACUGAACAGCGGUCUACAAGACGGCUUACUUUCGAGGGCGGAGGCUUUGGCGGCGGAUUUGGGAAAACACAACGCGGGCACCCCAAUGCCUUUGAAGCACGACCCUGUUUCCGUCUAUCAUCAUGGAACCCACAUGCCAACCCCCCAUCCAAAUAACCGGCCACAUCAUCAGGUACAUUCACACCUCUUUAUGAGCCAUCCAGGAAUGGAGAGUCUGGACAUGUUGGAUCCAGCAAACUCAAUGACCACGUUGACGCCAAUGUCAGAGAAUACCGGCGGUGGACCAGGUCAUCAUGCUGGAAUUCAUGGUCCCUCGGUUUACGGCGGGAUGAACGGAAUGAUGGGCCAUCAUCAUCAUCACGGAAACUUGGGCGGCGGCGGAGGUAGCGUACCACAUCCGGCUCAUCAUCAUCCAGCGAUGGCGGCGGCAGCAGCGGCAGCCGCGGCCGCGGGUCUUCAUCCCGAUGCAGACACAGAUCCACGAGAGUUGGAAGCGUUCGCAGAAAGGUUCAAACAGAGACGCAUCAAGCUGGGCGUGACGCAAGCCGAUGUCGGCAAAGCUUUGGCAAAUUUAAAGUUACCAGGCGUUGGAGCGCUAUCUCAAUCCACGAUAUGUCGGUUCGAGUCGCUCACGUUAUCGCAUAACAACAUGAUCGCGUUGAAGCCGAUCUUGCAAGCGUGGUUGGAGGAAGCAGAGGCCCAGGCGAAGAACAAGAGACGAGAUCCCGACGCUCCGUCGGUGUUACCAGCCGGCGAGAAGAAAAGAAAGAGAACGAGUAUAGCCGCGCCCGAGAAACGUUCUCUGGAGGCGUAUUUCGCUGUGCAACCACGGCCGUCCGGUGAGAAGAUCGCCGCGAUCGCGGAGAAGCUGGAUCUGAAGAAGAACGUGGUUAGAGUUUGGUUUUGCAACCAACGGCAGAAGCAGAAGCGCAUGAAAUUCGCGGCUCAACAUUGACCCGAGGGUGGCUUGUGACAGCAAAACUGACCGUAUCAGUUGCCCAGUCUCGAGCCUAAACCAGAACCCUUGACCGAGUUUCAGGGAUGGCCGUAAACAGAAACGGACAAUAUAAGAGCACGAAAGACGCGAUCGCUGUGGGAAUGGAAUUAUGUACAUACGUACAAUCGUAACCAGCAAUGGAAUUUAAACGUAGUACGUGGUUAACUGUUCUACGUGGUUGCUGACGGUGGAGUCAUUGGAAUUGCAAGUGAUGCGCGUACGACUUCUCGGUUUCAAGCGGAUCGCAAACGUAUUAGCUCGAUGCUGCGGCCAAAUAAGAGUAAGCGAUAGUCAGACUGUCACAGGCUUUAUGCGAAAUAUUUUACGGUCAUUGCGCGAGCGCGUGUGACGUUCUCGACGCGUCUCCAGUCUCCCGGCGAAUUUUCCACCGGAACCGACGACGCUUGACGAAUCGAUUCACGAACCUCUUCCCUCUUCGCUUUGCCAUUUUAACUUACUCGUAACUUUACGCUACCAUUCUAAUUACGAUGAAUAACAGAUUCGCAAACCGUCGUUCGAAUGUUUACUGGUUCACGAUUUUCCUCUUGUCGAUACGCGGAACAAAAUUAAUCGUUGCAAUUAAUAACAAUUAAUUCGUCGUUAAACAAAUUUUUUCGAUUAUAGCGUUAAGUUAAGAAACAUGCUUCUCCCUUCUAUGUAAAGAUUCAAGUAUAUUCGAGUCGAUUUCGUUUAUCGUAGCUUUAAGUUCUGCCGUUCGAAGCGAAGAUUAAAAUCCACUUUUCGAUUCUAAAGCAAAAAUUGGAACCACGCGAUUCGAAAAUAAAGAAAAUCUUACCACGUAUGCGGUACCAGUCAAUAUUUAGUUGAGAGGGCUGAACGCCAGAUCUGCUAACGUAAUCGAUGAAAAUUCAGCAACUUGAUAAAAGUACGUAAUAAGGAUCGCUGACGUUACAUGCUAUAUACCGAAAAUGUGCUACAUGUUGCAUAAGAAUAUCGUAUAAAAUGACAUAAAAGAACCCUUACGGAAUCUCUAGAUCAAAUCAUCUGUAAAGUGAGAUAGAAUUUGCGAAGCAUAUCAGCUACGAUCGCGAUAAAACAGUUUACGAGCGUACCCCACCUUUAGACCAACUUCUGUAGACUGGAAAUCAGGUUCGAAGGUUACCGAAUUUAGCGUAUAUCUAAAGUCAUAUUUUCCAAUUGUUCAUAACCUCGUAAAACAAUAUUUUCUAACUUGAUAAAAUUUUGUGCCUUCGAACUUUCUAUAUUUUACGUGGAAGAUCUCCAUCGAUAAACGUACUAAAGAUCAGCGGAGACUAUAAACUGUUUAUCGAAAUUACAUAUACGAAAUAUAAUUUGAUUAAGUGCUUCCAAAAAUAUCAAAAUAUAUUUCUCUAAGUACCUAUAUGAAUAAAUAAUCAUACAGAAACGGAUUGCAAAAUAAUUUAUACUUUACGUUCGUACGCGUAACUAAUUCUAAUUUAUAAAAUUUGUAAAAUAUGUAUUUGUAAAAUUAGAGAGGCCAGGAAACAUUUGAAUUUUCAAUUCUGAUUUCUGUCGUAACGAGACAAAAGAAGAGGAAGAGGAUUGUUCGCGAACGGGCAAGAGUCGAUCACAACGAAAACCAAAUAGCCGAAUAAUCAUCGAUGCGUCUUGAAAAGUACAAUUCGAAACAUAAAAUAUAAAAGUACGUAUUGUUAUAAAAACGACGCGCGAGUACGUCGUGCCGAACAAAUAAGUGAUAUUAAUCCUAAUAAAGACACUCGCAAUAUGUAGUCACGAUCAGUCACGAUCAGUGCAGUGUAAAAAGUGAAGAGCUAGAGCAAGAGAGAGAAAGAGGUAUGUGUGUGUGAUAAUGAUAAAAGUAAGAGUGAAAGGUCGAUACACUCGAUUUUGGAACGAAUUCUUUUAUUCUUACGAAUCGCCGUCUGUGUACGUAACGUUGCGUUCGCGUUGCUCGAAGAAAUAAAAAUAAAUCGUUGCGUGAUCGAUUCAAAUUUCUGUUUUACAAAAAGAAGAUUUUCCGAUCGAUCGAAACAUAGUUGAAUGUUUGUAAAGAAUUUUUAGCGUUUGUUUGCGUCUACGAUAAUUAUCGACUCUAAAUAUCGCGAAUAUCGAUGUUACGCGUUUAUUUAAUUAAUACGUAAUAUUUGCAACGUUAUAUCUUUUACGAAAUAUAUUCGCGACCAAUUUUUCCUGUCUUGUUACGAUAUUUAGAUACUUUAUCGCGAUAUUCGUUGAUCGUACCUGUGUAGAAUUUUCAUGUAUUUCUAUGGCAAACGAUAUGCGGAUUUGGCUGCGACGAUGAUUCGUUCCAACGCGGUGUAUCGAUUAGUAAAAUGCGCGAAAACGAGGAUGGAAGAAUGAACGGAGAUGAAAAAGCAAGACGAUGUGAUGAGUGAAAGGGGAAAAAGGGAUUAACAGGAUGUAUUACGUAGUGAUAUUGGACAAUCAGUGAAAAGACUGUAUCAUAUCAUAUUGAAGCAAUACCGUAGUAUUAGUCGACGAAUAAACUUUAUUUAUAUUGUUCGUGAUGAACCGCGCGUUUCCUGUGCAUCGACGAAAGUUACUUGUAAAGGAAGCAAAAAUAGAAAGGGCAAAGAAAAGGAAAAAAAGGGAAAGAGAUAAGGGAAAAUGCCAAAAAAGCGACGUCGUUCGGUUAACUUCACCUCCAGACAAAUCAAUAUAAUAUGUAUUAAAAUGCAAUAUUUUCGAUGCUAGAACAGCAUGAUUCGAAGCGUAGUUAUAAUAAACAACGAGACUCUGUGUGACAUCGGAAGCGCGGUUGAUCGCACGACGAAAACUGAGAAAUUGAUAUCCCCCGGUUCUUGAAAAACUGCUCGCUGUAUUUCACGACCGCGGCGCGGGUGCGAUUAUAUUUUUGUUUCCUCACCGAUUUCGCUGUCCCUUGCUGCGGCAACGAAACUCGCUAAAACGUGAGUUUCGAAAACCAAAAAGGAAAAAAAAAAAAAAGGACGAAAUCCUCGUACAACUGUGCACGCCAGAGCCGAUCACGAGUCGAUCGAUCGAGAGCCGAACUAAACGGCGUCGAGGAACGAUCGAGGAAAGUACGAAAACGCGGAUGUCAGUGUACCGAGUGCGUGAUCAGGCUCGAAUUGCCGCGUGCACCGAGCAAUACCGCGAGGAUGUUCGACGAUAACAGCGAUAUGUCAUUGUAAUAGUUAAAAUAUAA